AUGGAGCUGAGCGUGCCGGAGGGGGUGGCGCUCGCCAUCCACUGCUUCACCUUCCUUCUGGGCCUGCCCGCCAACCUGCUGGUGCUCGCCGUUUACGUCCGAAAGGCUCGCAAGCACGGCGCCACGCCCAACGUGAGGCUGAACCUCCCCUUCUCUCCCCCCCCAGCCUCUGUGACCCUCCCUGCCAUGGAGAUGCUGCUGCUGUCCGUCUACAUCUUCACCUUCCUGACGGGGGUCCCCGCCAACAUCCUGGCCUUCUCCACGCUUCUUCGCAAGGCGUGCCGCAAAGCGGCGCCGGUGGACGUGCUUCUUCUCAACCUGACGGGCUCCGACCUGCUCCUGCUGGCCUUCCUGCCCCUCAAGAUGAAGGAGGCGCAGGACGGCAUGCUCUGGCGGCUGCCCUACGCGCUCUGCCCGCUCACCGGCUUCCUCUUCUACGUCAGCAUCUACACCAGCACGCUGCUGUUAGCCGCCGUUAGCGUGGAGCGCUACUUAGCCGUGGCGUUCCCGCUCCGCUGGUCGGUUUGCCGUCGCCCGCGUUACGCCGCCUGGGCAUGCGCCGCUUUCUGGCUGCUGACCUCCGCCAACCUCAGCAUCGUCUACAUCCUGCCCUACAUCCAAUGGCGGCAUGGCGCGGGGGGCGGGCCAAACGCUAGCGCCUGUGCGGGCGCCGCCAUGCCGCCGCCGCCCACCUGCUACCUGCACUUCACCAAAGAGGAGCUGAGCAUCCUCCUCCCCGUCCGCCUGGAGCUCUUCCUGGUUCUGUUCUGCGUCCCGUUCGCGGUCAGCUGCUUCUGCUACACCAACUUCGUCCUGAUCCUGUCGCGGCUGCCCAGACUCAGCCGGCGCCGGCGGCUUCGUGGCAUCGGCCUGGCGGUCGGCACGCUGCUGGUUUUCGCCCUCUGCUUCGGGCCGUAUAACGCGUCCCACGUGGUGGGAUACGUGACCCGGGAAAGCCAGCCGUGGAGAGACGUGGCGCUACUGUCCAGCACCCUGAACACCUGCCUGGACCCCUUCAUCUUCUACUUCUCUUCUGCGGCUGUGCGCGAGGCGCUGAGCUGCUGCCUGCGCGGGGCGGCCGCGAAGCUGCACCUGCUGUUCAGGUGGCGCCAGGCGCCGCCGCGCAUGCGCACCGAAACCCGGAAGUACGAGGCGGGAGCGCCGCCGUUCGUGCUGGAGCCCCGACGGCCGGAAGAGGAGCAGCACGCCGGGCAAAGAGCAGCUCUGGACGGCGUAACGAUACGAGAGGCAAGGGAAGCAGCACCAUCAGGAAAGGCACAAGCUGGUGGCAACGCCGGUUCUGACCGGAUCCCAGCAGGAAGCAGCCAGAGGCUGAAUGUGCUCAGCUGUAAAACAGCCGCCGGGCUUCGCUCAGAGUCGGCGAGCAGGCACGACGGUUUUGGUCCGACCCGGAGGCCCAGAGGCCCAGAACCGGGUCAGCCCGAGGCCCCACAGAGCGGGUUUCUGCUGGUUAGCAGGUCUGGAAAAGGCCCAAAGCGCCCGUCAGGAGCCCAGAAACAGCAGCAGCUGUCGGUCCUUCUGGCCCGUUUGGGCCCAAUCAGACGGCUAAAAACGGUUAAAAGGACCCCGGAUGUGGGUCCAGGCCUGCCGGCUUCUUAUUGCACCGACGAGCUCGUCCAGCAAACCGGGGCGGUUCUGGAGAGCAGCGCUGAUUUAAGGGCAGCACAUCUGGAGCAGCUCCAGCUGGGGGCAGCAUAUCUGGAGCAACUCCAGACAGAGGCUAAACAUCUGGAGCAGCUCCAGACAGAGGCUAAACAUCUGGAGCAGCUCCAGACAGAGGCUAAACAUCUUAAGCAGCACAUCUGGAGCAACUCCAGACAGAGGCUAAACAUCUGCGGCAGCUCCAGACAUAGGCUAAACAUCUGGAGCAACUCCAGACAGAGGCAACACAUCUGGAGCAGCUCCAGACAGAGGCAAAAACAUCUCGUUCAGCACAUCUGGAGCAGCUCCAGACAGAGGCAAAAACAUCUCGUUCAGCACAUCUGGAGCAGUUCCAGACAGAGGCAAAACAUCUGGAGCAGCUCCAGACAGAGGCAAAAACAUCUCGUUCAGCACAUCUGGAGCAGUUCCAGACAGAGGCAAAACAUCUGGAGCAGCACAUCUGGAGCAGCUCCAGCCAGAGGAUAA